AUGAAUGCAAUCCGUCCUAAACUCAAAUGCUCAAAAAUACUAGAUAAUGGGAAUCAAAAACAAGUGUGGGCAGUUUAUCUCGCAUCAUAUGGUGACAAUGAAACAUAUGGUUAUGCAGGUGGUUGGUAUAAAAAGCCCUGCAAAUGCAAACAGGAUCAAUUAAAUAACUUAUCUUUAGCGUAUUUUGAGCCUUUUGAGCGAUAUUCGAGCUCCAAUAUAAGUACUAUAACAAUACACAUCGAAUAUAUUGAAAAAUCUGGUAUUGAUGCUAUAUUAGUGCCAUGGACAUCAAUGAACAUAUCGGACACUCAUAAUAGAUCUAAACAUACUGUUGAUAUGUUGUUCAAUAUUAAAAUUGCUCAUAAAUUUCACAUUGGUGCAAUGAUAAAUGAUUAUCAAGGAAGAAACUUAUCAACUUUAAAAACAGAGAUCGAAUAUUACCUAGACAAAUAUGGAAAUCACACAAGCAUCCUUAAAAUAGGAGAUAGACCUGUAAUUGUCAUAUAUGACUCUCAUAAAUUCGAAAAUGUAUUUGAAUUUCAAAAAAUUCUGACACAUUUUAAAGAAUCUAAGUAUAAUCCUUUAUUCAUGACAACAUUGAUAAAAUCCGACAAUAUGCAUGAAGCAUUUGAGAUAGGUUUUGAAGGAUUUAUUACAUAUUUUGUUGCAGAAGGAGAAACAUACGGAUCUUUAGUCAAUGAUUGGAAAGGGAUUGAUGCAUUCUGUCAAGGAAGAGAUGUCUUCUUCGUUCCAACGAUUGCACCUGGGUUUCAUGACUUAAUUAAUCCGAUUCACAACAGACAUCGAAGGAAAGAGAGAAAUAAUGGUACAUUCUACGAGUCAAGAUGGAAAGAAGCUGAGAAAUAUAAUCCGACAGUGAUUUUGAUCAAUUCCUUCAAUAAUUGGGCAGAAGGAACGAAUUUAGAACCGGCUGUUCAGUUUGAAUACCCAAAUGACUCAAUGUUUUAUAUAGAAAAGACAAGAGAACUUGCCAAUAAGUUCAAAAACUCAAAAUUUUCGAACUUAUAA